AUGGAGGAUGAAUUGCCUACCUUUUUAGAAAAUUUGAAAUCUCUGUUCAGCAAAUCAGUUAGUAAAAAUAUUUCUAGUUUGGAUCUUCCUGGAGAACACGAACAAAACAUUAGAUACUUGCGUACUUUAUCGGUAACAUACCACGUAAAUAUCGAAAAUCAGUCAAAACUAGUAUACAAACUUUCCCUUGAAGGCGAAGGUUAUUUUCUUAAUGGAUCGCCUGAAUUCCAGUUAUAUAAGCAAGUAAUAUCCAGUCCUAAGGGUAUCGCAGUAAAUGUUGCUAAGGAAGAUCAUAAAAUCGGUCUGAGCCAGGCAUUAAAGUUGUCGCUCGUCAAAAUUGAUGAUGGUUUAGUAGUAAGCAAUGCCGAGUGUGAGUUAAAGGAUAGCACACAAUCCUUACUGGGUAUAGUUAAAGAUUUUGGUUUUGAUAAUGACAAAUUGAUAUCUAUAUUAAAGGAGCAUGGAGAAUCUGAAAGAGCAAUUAAUGAUCUCAAACGUCGCAAACUAAUUGAACAGCAAAAAAUAUCCUAUCUAUUAGUAAGGCCCGGUAAAAAUAUCAAUGUUAAGCUUAAGAAACAAAUAACCGAUAUAACCGCGGAUAUGUUGGCAAAGGGCACGUGGAUGGAGUACGAAAUAAAGCCAUAUAACUAUUAUUCCAGCGGUAAAAGGAUGUUAAUGGGUCAAAUUCACCCAAUAUCUAAGUGCAUUGAAGAAUUCAGUUAUAUUCUCACUUGCAUGGGUUUUGAAGAACUCCCUCCCUCGUGUUACGUAACCAGCUCAUUUUGGAGUUUUGAUGCACUAUAUAUGCCUCAACAGCAUCCGUCAAGAGAUCAGCAAGAUACCUUUUUUACCAAAGAUCCCUGUCGAUCUAAACCAGAAAGUGUUCCUAAGGAUUAUUUGGAGAAUGUCAAGAAAGUUCAUGGUAAUGGAAAAGAUUUCGGUAGCACAGGGUGGAGAUAUCAGUGGGACAUUAAAGAAAGUGAAAAGCUAAUUAUGCGAACUCAUUUAACCUCAGGGACUAGUAGGUUACUUAAGAAGAUGGCAGAGGAAAUUAAGCAAGGUCUUCCAAUAAUUGAAAAGAGAUACUUUAUCAUAGAGAAAGUAUUCAGAAAUGAAUCAAUAGAUUCGACACAUUUGGCUGAAUUCCACCAGAUGGAAGGUAUUGUUUUUGGAGAGAACCAAAGUUUAUCGCAUUUAAUUGGAAUUCUAGACAUGUUUUAUAAAAAAAUUGGUCUCACAGAAAUAAAGUAUAAACCUGCAUACAACCCGUACACCGAACCCAGUAUGGAAAUAUUUGGAUUUCAUCCUAAGCUAAACAAAUGGAUAGAGGUUGGAAAUAGUGGUAUUUUUAGGCCAGAAAUGCUGUUACCAAUGGGUUUGCCCAGUAACGUCAUGGUACUAGGAUGGGGCCUAUCCAUUGAACGACCAACCAUGAUCAAAUACGAUAUACACAAUAUACGAGACCUGGUGGGCUAUUAUAACUCAAAUUCCUUAAUUUAG